AAAUUAAAACACAACCAAGGUGAAGGUCGAGAAGUGAUCAUAGUCCGAUCACCUUUAUUAAAAUGAUAAUAUCGUGAUUUUUGGGAACUUGGCAACCGUGAAGUGAACUGAUUGAAAUUCAUCACAAGACUGGCCAACAAAAGUUGAUCACAAUGACAAAGUUUCUAGGCAUUGACUUUGCUCCUCUCAACAUCCCAUUUGUUAGACGUGUUCAGACUCUGUGUACAUUACAGUGGGUACUAACUUUCUUAUUUGGAGGGUUUGGUUCCCUGUUUUUCACCAUUUAUCUGCUUUUCACCAGAUAUUUCUGGGUACCAGUCAUAUACAUUUUAUGGUACUUUUACGACAGAAAUUCAGCUGAAACAGGUGGCCAUUACAUUCGAUGGAUAAGGGAAUGUUCUGUAUGGAAGAAAAUGGGAGAAUAUUUUCCUGCAAAGCUUCAUAAAACUGCCGAGUUAGACCCAACGAAGAGUUAUAUAUUUGGGCUUCAUCCACAUGGUAUCAUGCAGAUUAACGGGUUUCUGUCAUUUGCUACCGAAGCGACAGGAUUCAGUAAAUUAUUUCCCGGUCUUAUACCACAUCUGGUGAUUCUUGCUGGGCAGUUUCAGUUUCCCUUUUAUAGGGACUACCUUCUCACAAGUGGCAUGGCUUCCGUGAGCAAGGAGAGUUUUCACUGGAUUUGUAAUCGGGCUGGACACUGUGCUUGUGUGGUUGUGGGCGGGGCUGAGGAAGCUUUGGAGUCAAAGCCAGGCACCUUUAACUUGGUUCUCAAUAAGCGUAAAGGCUUUAUUAAACAGGCAAUUAGACAUGGGGCUUCACUAGUACCAGUGUUUGGUUUUGGUGAGAAUGAACUCUACGAGCAGAUUCAUAACCCAGAAGGUUCCAUCCUACGUAAAUUACAACUGUUUCUCAUGCACAAGGUGUUUGGAUUCUCAUUGCCUAUCAUAAAAGGAAGAGGAGUCUUUAAUUAUACAUUUGGUAUCAUGCCCUACAGACGUCCAUUAAAUACUGUUGUUGGUAAACCUAUAGAAGUGGAGAAGAAUGAGGAACCAUCUCAGGAAGAGAUUGACAACUUGCACACAAGAUAUGUGGAGGAGCUGACAGAUUUGUUUGAGAGUAACAAGACAAAGUAUGGGAUAGAUGAGUCUGUACAUCUUAAUUUUAUUGCAUAGCUUGCGUUUCCUACAAACAAGUUAAUCUUUGAAUGUGGGAACUUUUUUAUUUGCAUUUUGUUUUUAUAUUUUUGACUAUGUCUAUUUUUUCUUUGAAGUUAUAAAAUAUAGAAUGAUAUGAUGAUCAUAUUUCAAAUUGGCAUUGUUGAAAUGACAGGUUGUGUAAUUGUGCAAGGGGUGUCCCUGGCCGAGUAAUUGUG